AUGUCUCCCGCCGGCGCGGCUGCGGCGCCGAUCGCCGGGCACGGCGGCGAGGACGAUGGCUUCAUGGUCGGUGUAGCCAUCAGCGUGUUUCAGAACAGCGGAGACAACGGGAGCAACUGGACCCGCUACCAGUCGCAGCGCCUGUGCUGCUGCAUCCCCACGAUCGCGGGGGGGCACAAGGCGGAGGACGGCCCUGAUUUUUGGAACAACUACCAGGACGACAUCAAGCUCGCCGCGAGCCUCGGAUCCAACUGCUUCCGGUUCUCGCUUGAGUGGGCGAGGCUCGAGCCCAGGCGCGGGGAGUACGACGCGGCCGCCUGGGAGCACUACGACGGCAUCGUGCAGUGCAUCAAGGACCACGGGAUGCACCCGCACGCAACGCUGCACCACUACGUGCACCCCACGUGGUUCGAGGACCUGGGGGCGUUCGAGAAGGAGCAGAACAUCGCGAUCUACGUCGAGUUCGCGCGGGAGUGCUUUCGCCGGUGGGGCAAUCAGAUUCGGUACUGGACGACGUUCAACGAGAUCACCGUGUACAUCGUGGCGGGCUACCUGUCGACGCAGUUCCCCCCGGGGAAGCUGUUCCGCUUCCGCAAGGCCGGCCAGGUGUACGCGAACAUGCUCACGGCGCACACGCGGGCGUACCGGGCCAUCAAGGAGCUGCCGGGGGGGGGUAAAAGCCGAAUCGGGAUCGUGCACAACUGGUUCGGGUUCGUGCCGAAGGGCAAAGGGCCGGGGUACGCCGCGGCGAGGGGCCUGGCGUCCUGGAUGAACACCGUGUGGGGGAACGAAGCUGUCUUGGAGUAUUUCAAAACCGGCGUGUGGAGGUGGUCGGCCAAGCUGCCGUUCACCAGGGUGCACCGUGACGAGGGGGAGCGGCCGGGCCUCGACUUCUUCGGGCUGAACUUCUACUCGAGGGGCGUGGUGUCGUGGGCGUGCGCGCCCACGCACAUGGACGACGAGCCCAUGACUGACAUGCCGUACGGGGUCUGGGAGGGGGGUCUCCUGAAGACGCUGCGGCACAUAUCGUCGCGCUUGCCUGGCACGCCGAUCCAGAUCACGGAGUCGGGCGUCGCGGACAAGGCGGACAAGCUGCGCGGCCCGUGGAUCGAGAGCCACUUUGCGCAGGUUGCGCAGGCGCUGGACGAGGGCAUCGACGUGCGGUCGUUCCUGUACUGGACCCUGAUGGACAACUUCGAGUGGCACGAGGGCUUCUUCAUGAAGUUCGGGCUCCACCGCUUCGACCCCGGACAGAAAACCCGAGACUUCCCUCUCAAAGACGGCGCAAAACCUAUUCUGGAGUGGUUCGCCAGACUCAAGGGCAGACGGCCGCAGCUGGCGCCGGAGGCGCGAUCCGCGCGCGAGGUGGAGCCCGAGGUCGGCGCGGCGGAAGGCGCCCGGCUGCGACAACGUACAACGACAGACCGUGACGCGCCCGCCGUAGCACUCGCGGGGCAGUGA